GUAGCAGUGGACUACUCCUCCCUAUUCUCUGCUCCCACUGUCGGUUCUCAGUCUGGCAGCGUCUUCGCAGACGACAGCUGGAACGUCAUGACAUUCGCCUCUGCUGACCCGCAGCGCUGUUUCGGGAAGGACAAAGACAAGCUCUUCGAUGUCGCUAUCCUCGGGGCACCGUUCGAUACCACUACUUCUUAUCGCCCUGGAGCACGGUUUGGCCCCAACGGGAUUAGGCAGGGGUCGAGGCGUCUGCACCUGUCUACUAUUAACGUACCCUACAAAACACGAGUGACGGACUAUCUAUACGUCGUCGACUGCGGGGAUGUCCCGAUGACGCCGAUGGACAACAAAGUCGCUCUCCGGCAGCUGGAGAUCGCUAAUGCGGACCUCGUCUCCCGCCUCUCUGCCAGCAGCUACAACGGCACCUCCCUCGCCAAAGAUGGCAAGUUCCACCCUCGGGUCCUCACUCUCGGGGGAGAUCAUACGAUCACCCUUCCCCUCCUGCGAGGAGUGGCCAAGGUGUACGGACCCGUUAGUGUGAUCCAUUUCGAUAGCCAUAUUGCUGAGCACUGGCAGCCGGGCCCGUGGCUCCCUGGGGAGGAGGUACCGGUGAACCACGGCUCCUACUUCUGGUACGCGGCACAAGAAGGCCUCCUAGCGCCCAACAACGCCAAUAUCCACGUCGGCAUCAGGAACGCACUCCAGUCAUGGAAGGACUACGAGAACGACUACGAGGUCGGGUUCGUCAUUAGUCAUGCGGACGAUAUCGAGGAAGUAGGAUGGAGGGGGAUCGUCAAGCGUAUCAGAGAGGUUGUAGGGGAGAACCCUGUGUACAUCACCUUCGACAUCGACGUGAUCGACCCUGGUAUGGCGCCUGCUACUGGAACACCCGAGAUCGGCGGGUUCACGACACGCGAGGUGAAGCAUAUCCUCAAAGGUCUGGACGGGCUCAAGAUCGUCGGUGCGGACAUCGUCGAAGUCGCACCCGCGUACGAUACCCAAGCGGAGGUCACGAUGAUCGCUGCUGCGAAUUUGGGCCGGGAUAUGUUGGCGCUUAUGGCUAGGACGCCGUUGACAGCUUGAGGGAGUGGGAUGGGUAGGCUUGGAUUGGGUAUGGGUUGAUAGGUAUCAGGUAGAAUACAAAGAGAUUGAGGCGAAAGAUGCCAAAAGGGCACGGGAUACUGCAUGGUAGUACUGCCGAAUUUAUCAGAGCGAUAGAACAGGGAACCGAGCUGUACAUCUCUCUGACCGGUUCUGGCGUGCAAGCUCGGUCUGCCGCUAUGCCCAUGACACGCUCACUCCGCCGGUUGGAAGCGAUUAUAAUACGCCUUUGUCCUAGCCUCUACCACCUCCUGCGUCGUCUCCGGCAGGUCUUCCACAAACCUACCUGGCGAUCCCCCAAAGAGCGACAGCGCAGGGACGACCGUAUUGGGGGGCAAGACCGUCCCAUCCGCUACGCGCGCACAAUCCUUGAUAAUGACAAACUUUCCAAUCACGCAGUUCUUUCCAAUCUCGACCCAGUUCCCUAUCUGAGCAGCCUCGACCACGCUCCCCUCGCCGAUAUGCACCCCGUCCCCGAUCUUCAUCGGGUAGAAGUUGAACGCGGACUUGUACGUCUUAUACGGAGGCCGGACGACCACUCCCUCCCCGACGAGACAGUACCUGCCUAGGCUGAUGACGACUGUGGGAGCGGUACCGGACUU